GUACUGAACCCAAAGAAGAUAAGGUAAGAUAAAACGAAAGAGAAUUCGAAGCCAACGGCAAAGCUCUCCGGAAGAGCAAUCUAUACGUCGACAAGUUUCUGAUUAUCUCACCGACGGCAGUAUGCGUGGCAGCAGUGCAUCCAGCCACUGCUAGUCUUUUGCUCCAUGGCCAUCCUUACACGUGUCUCAUUGGGCUUCUCUACAACUACUUUCUCAAGCUACGGUCACUGUCAUAAAUAUAGCUCGCUGUCAACAGGCGUUCCAGAAACUUCGACGCUCUCUUCUCGUCAUUUCCCUUCGUGUUCCCCCUUUCUUCAUAAAAGGGGUUUUAGAGGAGUUCGGGUGGUAUCUGCAGCAAUGGCGGAUCUGCGUCGAAGCACGGUCCUUGUUACGGGAGCUGGUGGCAGAACAGGCCAAAUAGUUUAUAGGAAAUUAAAGGAGAGGUCAGAGCAGUAUGUUGCAAGAGGUCUUGUCAGAACAGAAGAGAGCAAGGGGAAAAUUGGAGGAGCAGAUGAUGUUUUUGUUGGGGAUAUAAGGGAUAUCAACAGCAUAGUUCCUGCAAUCGAAGGUAUUGAUGCUCUUGUGAUUCUCACAAGUGCUGUGCCGAAGAUGAAACCCGGGUCUGACCCGUCCCAAGGUGGAAGGCCCGAGUUCUGUUUUGAUGAUGGAGCAUAUCCUGAACAGGUUGAUUGGAUUGGGCAGAAAAAUCAAAUAGAUGCUGCUAAGGCUGCGGGAGUGAAGCAAGUUGUGUUGGUUGGUUCUAUGGGUGGAACAGACCCAAAUCAUCCCUUGAACAGUUUGGGUAACGGCAAUAUAUUGGUAUGGAAGAGAAAGGCUGAGCAGUAUUUGGCUGACUCUGGUGUUCCAUACACAAUCAUCAGGGCUGGAGGCCUGCAAGAUAAAGAAGGAGGUGUCCGCGAAUUGCUUAUUGGAAAGGAUGAUGAGCUUCUUAAGACGGACACGAGAACCAUUUCCAGGCCUGAUGUUGCAGAAGUCUGCCUUCAGGCACUCCAGUUUGAAGAGGCCAAAUUCAAGGCGUUUGAUUUGGCGUCGAAGCCGGAGGGAGCCGGUACACCAACAAAGGAUUUUAAGGCUCUGUUUUCCCAAAUCACUACCCGUUUCUGAGUUUUGUGGCCAUCAAUCUUGGUGUAGGAGAAUGCCUUCAACUUUUCAAGUUUUAGUUCAAAAACAUUGUUAUUCAACAUCAUAACUGGCCAUGUUGAAGAUAACCAAAUCUAUUUGGAGACUAAUUAGCAUUAUAUAUGACCGCGAUGGUCUUAGCCUGCCCACUAAAACAGGCAUCAAUAACAAGUAUGCACUUUAUUA